AUGGCAAAAUCAGAAACGGCACCAGCUACAUUUGCAGUCGACGAGGAUGGGGCUGAAGGGGCGAGCGUUCCAGUUGUCGUCGAUUGGGAAGAUGAUGAUGUUGAGAAACCAACAAACUGGUCAGUGUCGAAGAAGUGGAUCAAUGUCCUUCUCAUAUCGACACUCACCCUGAUCUCGCCAUUCGGCUCUUCAAUGUUCGCACCAAGUACAAGCGAGAUGAUGAGAGAGUUUCACUCCACCAACAUCGACCUCGAAUCCUUCAGUGUUUCCAUUUUUGUUCUUGGCUAUGCUUUCGGACCCUUGAUCCACGGACCAUUGAGCGAGCUCUACGGUCGGCUCGUCUUGUACCACGUCAACUCCCUUCUCUUCAUCCUAGCCAAUAUUGCUUGCGCACUGUCGGUUUCGUUACCGAUACUCAUCGUCUUCCGUCUCAUCACUGGCCUCGUUGGUUCCUGCCCGUUGGCCAUCGGUCCAGCUAGCGUCUCAGAUUUGUUCAUCCAGGAGGAACGAGGCAAGGGGCUUGCUGUCUGGAACCUGCCGGUACUUCUGGGUCCGGCCAUUGGACCCUUAGUUGGAAGCUACUUGUCGGCGGCUACUGGUUGGCGGUGGAGCUUUUGGUUCCUAGCAAUUGCGAUGGGAGUAAUCUACAUCGCCACGCUACUACUGCUCCGAGAAACUCAUUCGCCAACUCUACUAGAGUGGAAAGCUCGAAGGCUGCGCAAGAAAUACGGAAACCCGGAAAUUUCAUCCAUCAUGGCAUCCAAAAAGUCCCCGCGGGCCACCUUCCUGAACGCAAUUAUCCGACCGACCAGACUUCUUGUCUACUCACCCAUUGUUCUCACUCUUUCUAUUUGCGCCGCAGUCAACUACGGCUUCAUCUACAUCAUUUUCACCACAAUGACUUCGACUUUCAUGAGCCGAUACGGGCUGAGUAGAGGCGAUGUCGGUUUAACUUACUUGGGAUUCGGCAUUGGGAACAUCGUAGGAAACGUGACCCUCGGCGCCAUCUCCGACAAGCUUGUGAAAGCCAUGGCUCGCAAAGGAGAGAUGAAGCCCGAGUACCGACUUCCGCCAUUAAUACCUGGUAGCCUUCUAGUCCCUGUCGGGCUGUUUUUGUACGGCUGGACCUUGCAGUACAACGUUCACUUCAUGGUGCCUCUAGUUGGUACCUUCUUGGUGGGAGUCGGUACCAUUCUCAUUUUCAUGUCCAUCAACUCGUACUUGGUCGAUGCCUUUACCGAGCAUGCAGCCAGCGCAGUAGCCGCCAGCACCGUGUUACGUAGCUUGGGUGGGGGUUUGCUUCCGCUUUGCGGGGGCAAGUUAUACGAAGCGGUGGGCGAUGGAUGGGGCAAUUCGAUUCUUGGGUUGAUAGGAGUUGCUUUUAUUCCUGCCGUAUGGUUGUUGUACAGAUUUGGGGAACGACUCAGGUUGAAGUCUCGGGUUUAGGCAAUGCAAGCUCAUACUUUCUCAAAACAUGAUCUUCGAUGUAAUUAUACUGGUUCGGUGAUUGAAAGACAGCAAAGAAUCAAAAUGGCGAGAUAGCUUAACAUAAAAGUCUUUCUGCUAUCUGCUAGGCUGUGAUACCAUUGCGUCUACUUCACCAAUCGCAAACCCUCAGAGCCGGGAUAGUCUCACAUG